CAUCAGCAUGUUAGCAUUAUUAUUGUGAACAUGUUAGCAUGCUGCUAGCAUUUAGCUCAAAGCACCACUCUGCCUAAUUACAGCCUCACUAUUGUGGCUGUAGAUUUGUUUCCUUGUCAUUUUAAAAGGAAAUACCAUCUUACUGGUGAAGCUGACAGCUGUAUUAGCUAACAAAGACACCCAAAAUAAGACGACAGGGCGUGACAGUAAAGUUUUUAAGUUGACAUGUUUAGAAGGGAUUAUUUUGUGGCGGAGACUUCAUUUUUUGCUGUGGGUGUUAGAAUAUUGACAAUAAACAGAGCGUGACAUAAUGCAUGUACUGAUUUAAAAAAUACUCCAUUCAGGCAUAAUUAAAUAACCUGAAAACUCUGACAAAAGCUAAUUUAAACUUCAUGUUUACUGUGAUGUAAAAUGUAGCUUGGAGUCUUUUAGAGUCAGUUUUCACAUUACUAGCAGUGCAUGAAGUGUAAAAAAAAUAAUUUAGCCCUGAUAUUUCCAGCUGUAAUAUUCUUGUAUUAUGUGCAAAUGUAAUGGGUAUUACUGGGGUUUUAGGUGGGAGUCUUGCAUCUUUGUGCAUGGAGUCACUUUGAUCCUGACCUAAACCUCCAAAUCCAACUGUUUCAAGAAGGAAUGGAUCACACACAGCACCGGCCCAGAUACCCCCCACAUCUCUACCAAUAUUACAGCAUGUAUCCAUCAUCACAUCACAUGUCCUCUUGAACACACAGACAAACACACACAGAGCAGCUGUGGCUAAGUUUAGCCUCCAUCAGGUCACGGUGGAAUAUUCAGCCGAGAGAUAAACACUGCUGGUGUUUUAACAACCAUACGGGAGGAUAUGACUUUGUGUGGGAAAGAUUAAAAACACUCUGCAGUUUCAAAAAGGCGUGAGUCUGUUUUUUUCUCUUUGCGAGUAGCCUGUGCGCUGAAUUUUAAACUAGUGUAACUCUUCCAUAAAAACACACACACACACAAAUACACAUCUACUCAGAGACGCUGAUCAUAACUCAGUACAAAAUGUACGUUGCAGAGAAUGCGGCAAGAACUUGUAAGUGUACAAUAAAGCGAUGUUGUUUGCAUACUGAUAUGUGUGUGUGUUUGUGUGUGUAUCAGACAGACAGUAGCAAAAUCACACUCAACAUUAAUCAGACGCCUGUAAACACGUUGGAAAACUUGAAGCCUGAUACUGAAAACAAAUCCUUUAUUAUUUUUCCCUCUCUCGCUCACACCACCCCCCUCCUAUCUCUGCAUAAAAAUAAUAGCAUGACAUCAGUCUGCAUGAUUUUGAAGCAGCACAGGUCAUAAUGAGGUUAAAUGCCUCCCAAAAGGGCACGGCUUACUCUAAUACCAAAAUGCUACACGCUACUUUUGACAUUCAUAAAAUCUUUGACAGCUUGACAAAACUUCCUCGGGUUUGAUAUGUACCUCGCGCUGAAUCCACUGAGCUGUGUCUGUGUUUCUAUUCCUGUCGCCAUGGCGAUGAGGGCACAGAUAGGUGCCGAGGCAACCGUGCCCUGGAAUCUUGGUUUGCAGACUACAGCAGCUGUAUUUACCAAUGAGUUCAUCUGCAGGGAUAGACACUAAAAGUCUGCCAGCCUCCCUCUGUGUGUGUGUGUGUGUGUGUUUAUCCAUGCAUCUGCUCUCUUGCCACGUUGGUGUGUGUAUGUUGGAUGCAUGUAUUUGGGUGAUACUCCCUCCCGGACGCAGAGGAAAGGGCAGCGGACAAACACAAAGCCAAGAGAGCCAGGAUAUCACAGAAAGAGACAGGGAGCUUUGGAACGGACCACAUUUAAGGGCCAAAGGGGGGGGCAGUUGGGGCGGUGCACAGGGCAGUUGUUAACCUUCCUAUCAUGGUGUUACAUGCCUGCAGACAGAGCAGGACAAAAACACAGAUGGAGAGACCUCGACUGAGGACACGCACUUUGCUUUCUUUUUCUCUCAACUCUACUUUCUUUUCCCCUCAUUUCCUGCUUCUUGCUUUCAACAGCCUGUUAUCCCGUUGUCCUACUAAUGUCAGACGUUCUUCUGUGCAGCUUGUCAGCUACAUCAUUUUUUGACAUCACUCACUGCUGCUUUUCCUGUGCUUUCUGCUUGUUCCCUCCUCUUACUUCCUGCCAGUUUCCUCUCACCGUCCUGACUAAGCCUUUUCUUUAACUUGCUACUAAGCCUCUUUUUGGCUGUUUGGCGGAAGCUUUCUCUUCCAUCUCUUCUCUUAUUACCUCCUGCUUUCCUUCUCUCCUUGCCUCCUAUCUUUUGGAUGGAUAGCUACUCCCUCCUCUACAGUUCCUCCCAAAGAACCGGACUUCUCUCCGGCUUCCAGCGCCUGCGCUCUCAGAGAAAGAUGUGUGAUGUCGUCCUAGAGGCCGGCGGUGUAUCUUUCCCUUGUCAUCGCGCCCUUUUAGCCAGCUCCAGCGAGUAUUUUUGGGCUCUGUUUGGUGAGACUACAGCAGAGAGAUUAGCGAGCUCCAUUAGCCUCCCGGUGCUAACACCUGAGGGUUUACACGCGAUUCUGGACUUCCUGUACUCCGGUUGGCUCAGCAUAUCACUGUCUACACUUCCUGUCGUCUUGGAGGCAGCCAGGUACUUGCAGGUGGAGCCGGCUGUGUCAAUAUGCGAGCGCUUUAUUACUGAUGGUUUAAGCGCUGAGAACUGCUGUUGCUAUGCUAACCUGGCCGAGCAUCACACCCUUUCAGAUGCACUUGAGGCUGCCAAUCAAACCAUCGCUAUGGAGAUGGGGACAUUGCUGCAGGAAAGCAGAGAUGACCUUCUCAGGCUGAACAUCCAAUCACUGAUGGCGAUCCUCGAUGCUGACGAGAUACCUAGUGUCAAGGAGGUAGAGCUCAUUAAGCUGGCUCUGGAUUGGCUGGUUGAGAACGGGCCCCUCCCUCUGCUGAAAUCGAAUCUUCUGCUGAGUCGUCUGCGCUUCGGAUUGGUCGCCCCUUCUGACCUCACCAAUCUCAGCCACGCCCACAGAGCCAUGGCCACACCUCUAAUCAGAAGUCAGCUGACUCGAGCGUUGGAGUACCACAGGCUGGGUUCAGCUCAGCCAAUCAGACAGAGCAGACAGUCGACACUCAGAGCGUCACCCAAUCGUGUGCUGCUUGUGGGUGGGGGAUCCAGCCCUGAUUGGCCAGAACAGCAGAUGCUGGCGUUUGAUCCUAGAAGCAGGAAGUUUUCAUCUCUGAGCUCAAGUCUCCCGCUGCGACUGAGAAAUCACUGUGUGUGCUCAGUGGGAGGUUUCCUCUUCGUGAUGGGAGGAGAAGAAGUGAAAGAAGGAGACGAGGAUGGGAAAAAGUCUGUCACCAUGGCAACAUCCAACCAGGUGUGGCGCUACGAUCCUCGCUUCGACUGCUGGGAGAAGGUGGAGUCCAUGCUGGAGAGGCGGGCACAUUUCACCUGCUGCGUGGUGGAGGAUGUUAUUUAUGCCAUCGGGGGACGACACACACGACCAGACACCAACACACAUACCUCUGUAGCUUCUGUUGAGUUUUAUGACAUGGCCACAGGAGCAUGGAGGAGAGGAGCAACAAUGCCUCGCCCCCUUUAUGGCCACGCUUCUGCUGUGCUCUACAACAACAUCUAUGUAUCAGGCGGUCUCCCGGGCAACCAGGGCAGCAUCCAUGGCAGUAACCAUGACGAUAACCAGGAUGACCACAGAGAGAGCAGCAGAGAAGUCCUGUUCUGGGAUCUCAAAGGCAGAGUCUGGGAGAAGCGAGCGUCCAUGUCCAUCGCCAGGUUCAGUCACCGCCUUGCAACUGUCCAGGGCCACAUCUACGCCCUGUUGGGAAGGUACGAGCCUUUCUGUGAUAUAGAAAAAUAUGAUUCACAGUCAGACCACUGGACCCGCCUUCGACCGCUUCUCAUUGGCUCCUUCAACUACGGGAUGGUGUCAACGCUGUGUGGGAAUCUGCUGGUAUUUGGAGGGAGAAGAUGGAGCGACGGACAGGAAGUGAUAGUGAAGAGUGUGUUGGAGUACGAUACAAAGAAAGAUCGCUGGAGAGAGAUCUGUCAGCUCCCCAGACCUCUCACUGGGACUGAGUGCACAUUGCUGCCCCUGCCAGACUAAAGUGAACAUAGUGUAAGAAAAUUUUAAUAUGAAACUGAGACAUUUUCCCUUGCGGUGUAGCAUAGUCUCAAAAUGCAGAAAACAGAGCACGCAUGUUAAAAUGAUGGUGGGACAAUAUCAUAAAUUGUGCCCUCAAUUUUAAUGUGUUUGUCAUAUGCUCAGUUAAGUUUAGGGAACUAAAACUAUUGGGUUUCAGCCAUGAAACCACUGUUUCUAGUCCUGUCUCGUUAGACGAGAACAGAUGUGCAUUAUUUCAGGAUAUUUAGGAAAAUAUUUAUAACAUGUCAAUUUUACUAAAGUAGGCUAAAAUUUUCUUAACUUCUCUAUUACUACUUGAAGAAAUAUCUACGUUUGUUAUACUACCAGAAGAUGGUUAGCUUAGCUUAGCAUAAAGCACAUGACCCCCCGUAAAACCUUAAUUUGUCAUUUUUACACUUUGGUUUUUGUACGUAUUAAACAAACAAGAUUUGCGAGCUUUACAGGUGCCUGUAGGCAGAUGUGUUACCUCUGACAAAGCUAGCUGUUUUCUCAGUUGUCAGUCUUUAUGCUAAGGUAAGCUACUCCACUACUUCUUAUAGGAGUAGUUUAACAUUUUGAGAAAUUCACUUAUUUGCGUUUUUGCGGAGUGUUAGAUGAGAUGAUUGAUAUACUCUCAUAUUUGUCUGUUAAACAUGAAGCUAGAACCAGGAGACAGUUAGCCAAGUUUAACAUAAAGUACAUAACCUUUUGUAAAAAGAAAGUGAAUAAGUUUAGUCUCCAAAAGGUUGAACAAUUCAUUAAAGAAUAUUAGUUACAAAAUUACACAGGCAUUUUAUCCUAUUUUUGUUUUAGUUUUUCAAGUGCAUGUCCAUGUGUGAUCACUCACACUGAUCUGAUAGACUCUGCAGCUAUGUAUUUUUAUUAUCUAUACUUUUAAGUAUUUAGCAGAUAGUUAUUCACAGCUAAUUAUAAUGACUGUAACAGUAGAACAAGCUCAAAGUCCUAGAUCACCAAACAUGACAAGCAACCACUGGUAAGAAGUGAAAUACAAGGUGUUUUGUCAGUGAUAUUCCUGUGACCGAAUGUUCUACGAAGAGAAAUAAAACAAGAGCUAAGGAGAGAGAUAAGGAGGCUUUUGAGAAGUAAAGAGAUUUAGUGGGAAGAAGGUAAUUAUUGAACAGAUGACUUUUUAAGGAGAGGCUGAGCCGGGCUGCAGAGGAGGCUAUCACACAUAAGAGGGAACAGAGAAGGAAACAGGAGAUAAGGUGAUUAAGGUGGAGGAGGACACCUUUGAAAUAAAAACAACAGAAAAGCUAAGCUGAAUAUUUUAUGGAAGUUAGAUAAAAGUUCCAUGCAUGUGACAUUCCUGUUUAUUGACUAGGGAUGAACAAUUUAAGUUUUCUAUAGAUAUAGAAAUAGAAGCAAACCAAAGAUAUUGAGUGACCUUUUUUUCUUGUUUUCUUGUUUCACCCAUUUCCACCUGCACUGACAACCAAAUGGACAAAGUAGGUUAAAUUUGCUGCAGAGUAGAAAAAGCAUUAGCAGGAAAUCAUAUGCAUGAUUUGUGGGUAAUAGCUAGGUAAUCUGAUGGGAGUUCAUUAUUCAUGGAGUUUUGUGCUUGUAGAUACUUCCAUUUAAUCCUGAAUACAUACUGUGCUGUCUGCAUAAACAUUAUUUAUUUACAUGUUUUAUUACGUUUGAACGUAAUAUUGUAUUGACAAUUAAUUGGGAGCCUCAUUAUAUCCUCUAGUAAUGAAAAUAUGUAUGAAACAAUUUGAAACUUUUAUUUUUGCACGGGUACUAACUUCAAAACUUAUAAUACAGGCAAUUCAAAAUAUUUUAUAUACAAAUCAUGCUGUGUACACUUUUCAGUUGCCUAUUAUUGUCAAAACAGUGUUGGAUUUUUUUUUUGUAGCAUUGUACAAUUAAACAUUCCAACUGAUAAAUAUCAUGAAUUAAUGAAUAAGUAUUAUGAAUUCUGAUAGAUCAAUUAAACUACAGAAUAAAAAAACUGAAAAAAAAUGUAAAAACAAUUGCACAUUUAUUCAAUUACUGUUAAGAACCAAUGAAACGGAAUUUCAAGUGAUUAGCUCUGAUGUGUGUUUACUUUAUCUCCAUUUGAAUAACCUGAGUCAUUUGAACAAAGUAGCAUCUUAUGUUAAUGUCUAUCUAAAAUUGUCUCUGUUCUUUUACAACCUGGUUUAUCAUAGAAAACCAAGAGAAAAACAGCUGAUGCUAAUGAUUUGAUUAGGUUAGCUAACAGUUCUGGACAACCAGCUUAGCUAAGAAAAGUUAAGGCAUGCUGCUGCAAAAUUUACCUUAAUAUUAACUUAAUGAUUUAUAGAAAAUAGGAUGUGUUUUGAUAAUAAUGUUACCUUUUAAGCUUAGAUUAACUGAUUUUGAGCAGACAUUCUAUGGCACAGUCUCUUCACAUUUCAUGUAAUCCUUUUCUGUUCAAAUACAAUAAACAUAUGGUUCAUAUGAUUAGUGUAAAGUGUGUCACUAGUAGGCCUUGCAUCAGAAUCAGAAUUAGAAAUACUUUAUUGAUCCCCGAGGGGA